AUGAUACAGGCUGCCUGUCCCACCUUGACGACCCACCGCCCACCUUCACGACCCACCGCCCACCUUCACGACCCACCGCACUCCUCCACGACCCACCGCCCUCCUUCACGACCCACCGCCCACCUGCACGACCCACCGCCCACCUGCACGACCCACCGCCCACCUGCACGACCCACCGCCCACCUGCACGACCCACCGCCCACCUGCACGACCCACCGCCCACCUUCACGACCCACCGCCCACCUUCACGACCCACCGCCCACCUUCACGACCCACCGCCCUCCUCCACGACCCACCGCCCUCCUUCACGACCCACCGCCCACCUUCACGACCCACCGCCCACCUUCACGACCCACCGCCCACCUUCACGACCCACCGCCCACCUUCACGACCCACCGCCCACCUUCACGACCCACCGCCCACCUGCACGACCCACCGCCCACCUGCACGACCCACCGCCCACCUUCACGACCCACCGCCCACCUGCACGACCCACCGCCCACCUCCACGACCCACCGCCCACCUGCACGACCCACCGCCCACCUGCACGACCCACCGCCCACCUGCACGACCCACCGCCCACCUGCACGACCCACCGCCCACCUGCACGACCCACCGCUCACCUUCACGACCCACCGCCCACCUGCACGACCCACCGCCCACCUGCACGACCCCCCGCCCACCUUCACGACCCACCGCCCACCUUCACGACCCACCGCCCACCUGCACGACCCACCGCUCACCUCCACGACCCACCGCCACCUCCACGACCCACCGCCCACCUUCACGACCCACCGCCCACCUGCACGACCCACCGCCCACCUUCACGACCCACCGCCCACCUUCACGACCCACCGCCCACCUUCACGACCCACCGCCCACCUUCACGACCCACCGCCCACCUUCACGACCCACCGCCCACCUUCCACGACCCACCGCCCACCUCCACGACCCACCGCCCACCUCCACGACCCACCGCCCACCUUCACGACCCACCGCCCACCUUCACGACCCACCGCCCACCUUCACGACCCACCGCCCACCUUCACGACCCACCGCCCACCUUCACGACCCACCGCCCACCUCCACGACGACCAUUAA